AUGUCGAUGCGUGACUAUCCGCCUACAUGGAUCCGUCGAGAGUUAUGGCAUGAGUUGUGCGAUGUAUGGAACAGUGCUGCUUGGCGUAGGAGGUCUGAGAGUGGAAGCACCAAUCGUAACUCUAUGGUGGAUGGUUGCAAGUCCAAGCAUACUGGCGGAUCCAUUAGCAUGGGACAACAUCGCAUGAAGCUGGAGAACAACGGGCAACAACCCACAUGGGAUAAAGUUUAUUGCAUGACACACCUCAAAGAAAGUUCAAAGUUGAGGUUGGUUUCCGGAGAUGAGUCGAGUGGGAGCCAAAAUCUAGAGUUUGUUACCCCUAAGGCUCAAAAAGUAUAUGAAACAUACCACAAUGCAAUGAAGGAUAAAUAUGGUGAUGACCUCAGUUUGCAUCCACUUGGUGAUGUUGGAUUGUGGGAGCAGUGUGCAGGCGGGAGAAAGAAGGGUCGGGUUUUUGGGGUAGGAAACUCGGAUCCAAGUUUCGCGGUGACCGGGACACCAAAUUGUGGCAUGUUCUCUAUGGACUAUGCUCGAUCUCAACAAGAGAUACGGGACUUGCAAACCCGACUCGAUGAGUCCGAAGCCCACCAUCAACAAGAGUUGGAACAAUUUCGAAAAGAACGUGAGGAAUCCAAAGCACGUCAAGAAACUAUGGAAAAACGUAUGGAAGAACUUUGGAGUAAAUUCAUGCCAAACAAUUAG